CGGAUAUCUAAGAUCAGGCAGGACUCUCCAGAGACAGACAUCAGCGGAAUUCAUCCCUAAAGUCCCUACACCAAUCAUGGCGCUGCUGUUGAUGACAGCUUGGGCUGCUCUCCUUGGCUCAAGCACCGCACAAGGCGUCGUCUCAAGUCUUGGCUUCGCUGGAGGAUUACCUCAAGAUAUUUUUGGUGUAUCUGAUAAAGAACAAAAAUUCUUAUCCAGUGGCUUUUCUGCAAAUCAAGAUCAUGCGGGCAUUUUGCUUGGUGUCCUCGGUAAACCUAUCAGUGAGAAUUCCUUCCGGGACUUUUCAAAUGGAGCGCUUGGAAUUUUCGCGAAUCCUGGCGCCGGAGGCGCUCUCAGUCCCUUUACAAGUGAUUUUGGGAGAGGUCCUGUUAACUUCUUUGGGAGCAAUGAUAAUUUCCGCGAUGGUUCACUAGAUUUUAAUGGUCGUUUACCAGGUAGUUUCUUAGAUUUCUCGGACGGUCUUAGUGGCUCAUUCGGCGGCUUUUUUGAGGAUGGGACUCUUCCUAAUCAUUUAAAUCCUUUCAUCAAUGGCUUCGGCGUGGCUCCCAGUUUCGGCAUCAAUGAUAAUUCAUUUGAGACGUUUUCUGGUAAUAACAUCCCCUUACUUGGGGGAUUCGUCUCCUCUUUGAACGGCCCAGGUGGCUCCUUCGGUGGUCUUCGCGGCUCUGAAGGCUUCGUCAGCAAUCUUCCAGUCUCGUCUGGAUUGCCAAGGACGACCGUCGGUAAUGGCCAUUUUAUAGCAUUUGAAACACCGUCGGGAGUGAUUCUGAUUCCGUCGGCGGCUCUGGCUUAAACUUCACUUAUGGUACUGUUUAUAUAGGUAACUACGGAUGUUGUAUAGAGGAAGUUUUGAGGUAUCCACACUUGACAGUGACUGGUGCCGCCCGAACAACGACGGCAACAUUAAAUAAUUCG